GGCCGGUUUGUGCCGCUCCAACAUGGCGGCGCACUGACGUGCCACCGCCGCGGGUCGACGCAGCUUCUAGGAUUCUACUUCUACGCUUCAGGGUCUAAAGCCGAGCGGCUCCUGAUAGUCAAGAUGGCGGCGGCGAUGGAUGUUGAUACUCCCAGCGGCACCAACAGUGGCGCCAGCAAGAAGCGCUUCGAAGUGAAGAAGUGGAACGCCGUUGCGCUCUGGGCAUGGGACAUCGUCGUGGAUAACUGUGCCAUCUGUCGGAACCACAUCAUGGAUCUAUGCAUAGAGUGCCAGGCCAAUCAGGCCUCUGCAACGUCCGAGGAGUGCACCGUGGCCUGGGGGGUCUGCAACCAUGCGUUCCACUUCCACUGUAUCUCCCGCUGGCUGAAGACCAGACAGGUGUGUCCACUGGACAACAGAGAGUGGGAGUUCCAGAAAUAUGGACAUUAGGAAGGAUUUUCGGCUUCCACUUUUGCUCUUAUAUUUCUCGCCUGUGCAAACAUGCUGUUCAUCAUUUGUCUGAGAUGUUGGGUCAUAUAUUGAGUGUGGACCUGCUCAUGUUAAGAAUACUUCUUUUUUUAUUUCAGUUCGCAAUGUUGUAAAUUAAAAUCCCAUUAAACACCGUUAAGUAAG